AUGGCGUCCAAUUCCAGCCGAGCGUCACAGCUCACAGUCUUGUGUGCUGUGGCUUCGUUUCUAUGGCUCGCCCGUAACCUCGAGGGCCAUCGGUUGAUUGAACAGCCUAGGCUUUCGUCUCUGCUGGUCCUCUUCAUCGCCGGCGUGGCCUCGUUUGCAUCGAGCUUCUUUGCCGAGUGGCUCCCUGGCGCCAAUGGCCGCUUCGACGACGACUCGGGCCCCCUCAAGGUUGCCCGUGCCAACCUGCCCAAGAAGCCCCGCCGUUACUUUCUGCCCGGCCUCGUCGUCUGCAUCGUCCUUCGCCUUGAGCUCUUCCACCGCGUCACCUCCGACUUGCAGUGUUCGAGCCCCGGAAUCGAGGCGUGUCUGCCUCUCGUCGUCCUCUUCUACGAGCUCCUGCCUGGCCGGAGGAGACGGUCGGGCUCCAAGGAAAAGACCGAUGUGGAUGACAUGGGCCAGACCGGCCUCGAACAUGCCCUCGACUUCGUCGGCAGCUGGAUUGGCACCGAGGCCAAGAUCCCCCUGACCAUUGGCAUCCUUGCCUUGGUCUGCGGAACCUACAUGGUGUCAUCGCAUAAUCUCAGUUCCACCUUCUUUUGCUCGACCCAUGACAGCAGCUCCCUUGUUGUUUCCCUCCAGUGGCUCGGCCUCGUGCUCGACGGCAUCAUGGCCAUCCUCUACUGGCGCAUUCUCGCCUGGGCCCGCACCACCAGACACCGGCUCCGGACGCUGAGCGGCAUCCUUCUAGCCUCUUCCGUGGCCACCGCCCUUCUGUACCUGUCCUUUCGCCUCUUCCACCAGGCGAAGCCGAUGCACUACCACUUCAGGGGUCUCGGCUCGCUCUACAUAUUUGACGUCGUCGUUGACGGUUUCGCCUUUUCGGCCUUCUUCAUCUCCACCGCCCUCAUCGUCGCCGAAGCUAGCCCCCUCUCCCUGGCUGGCAUCGUCACCUUCCUCUUUGGCCUGCUGCUAGCAGUUCAUAAAACAUGGCUUCUUGGGUCUUGGGAGAACGUCUCGUUUUCUACCACCUACUCCGCCCUAAUUCUCAUCUGCGUCGGCUUCCCUUUCUUCGUCUACACCAACAAUAUCCGCUCCGUCGUCUUCAUACACCGAGCCCUUGUGAUAUUCCUGCUGCUCGUCCUUCUCGUUGCUGCCGCCAUCUACACCGCCUUCAAGGGACGCGAUACUUUCGGCGAGCACCCGCUCCAGAGGCUGAUAUACGAUAAAAGAGUGGAAGCCGAUAGAUGGCGCGUCGCUUCUGCAAGAGUCAGCAAUUCGCUACCCGUUGCCGUCGAGAUAUACAAAGAGCGUCACGACGGGAGGGCUCCGCCCCCAAAUUUUGAAACGUGGUACUACUUUGCGAAAGAGAAGAGUUCGGAGAUCCUGGACCACUUCGCCCAGAUACACGACGACAUCCUUCCGUUCUGGGGCAUGGCGCCCGAAAGGAUCCGGCAAAAUAUUCACCGUGUCGCAGCUGAGCCGGGCAUCGCUGUGCUCAAGAUUCGGGGGGGCACCCUAACACACAACAUCCGCGCCCAUUCGCCCCAUCAGGAGGCUAUGAGAGACUUGAUCGACAUGAUCAAGCCAUUCGCCCAGCACCUGCCCGACAUGGAGCUUGCCAUCAACCUGGAUGACCGGCCCAGGGUUUUGGCGCCAUGGGAAGACGUCAGCCGGUUCAAGGCCGCGGCAAAACGCAACCGGUUGACCAAGCUGCUGCCCGGCCGCUCCGACUCGCACGACCAGGGCAGAUCUGCUCUUCAGCAGCUCUUUCAGCCCACGGCCGCCGACCAGGUCUCGGCCGCACACAAGAACUUUACAUCUGCCAAAGCCCUGAGGGAAAUGGUGGCCCUGACCUGCCCGCCCGGCUCGAAAGCGAGAUCGGGUGUCCACUGGGAUGUUCGCGACUUUUGCUACUCCUGCGCGAGGCCGCAGUCCAAGGGUCAAUUCUUGAGCGACUGGUCCCUUUCCCAAGACCUGUGUCACCAGUCCGACCUGCUCCGGCUCCACAGCUUCCACAUGACGGCGUCCGAGCUGCGGCCGCUACAGGAGCUGCUGCCCGUGUUUAGCAGGUCCAAGACUGACAGCUACAGCGAUAUCCUCAUGCCCAUGAGACGGGUUGCCGAGAUCCCCGACGGCAAGGGCGGCGAGAUCCUAGAUGUCAAGUGGAAGAAACUGUACUGGCGCGGAAAGGUAGACCGUCGGCACCUCAGCCGCGGCCUGCUCCACGGCGGCCACCAGGAGCGGCUUGUCCAUGCCUUUAACAAUGCCUCGGCCGGCUCCGACACGGUCACGGCCGUGCUGCCAGUGCCAGUGCCCGGGAAGGGAGAUAGGUUUGUAUACGGGCAAGUGUCGACGGCCGGGCUUAACGCGCUCCUGCCCGUCGACAUUGGCUUUAGCAGCCGGAUUCACAGCGACAGCGAGACAUGCAGCGCGAGCAGCACCAACCACCUCGUUGGUGCGGCAAACACCACGGCCGGCAGUGUCCGCGGCAGUUCCGGGUUGUGCGACGACGCGGCGUCGGUCGCGACCCGACGCCGCCACGAAGCCGAGUUCGGCACCCGGCCCGUAGCCGAUCCGCUCCGGUUCCAGUACGUGCUUGUCAUGGACACGGACACGGGCCCGCCGGCCGACUUUCUGCGCACGCUUCGGUCCGGCAGCGUGCCCUUCUACGCCUCCAUCUUCCGCGAGUGGUUCACGGACCGCCUGACGCCCUGGGUCCACUUCGUCCCCGUCGACCUGCGGUUCCACGCCCUGCACAGCACGCUCGCCUACUUUGCCGGCGUCUCCAUCUUCAACGGCCCAGCCCAGCAGACCCCCGACGGCCAGCCCGCCAACACCCCCGCCGCCGCCAUCAUUGACGGCCGUCAUGUCAACAUGAACCCCCAUGACGACGACGCAAGGUGGAUCGCCAACGAGGGCAGGCGCUGGGCCGCCAAGGCCGUCCGCAGGGAGGACAUGCAAGUCUAUCUGUUUAGGCUGUUGCUCGAGUGGGGCCGCGUCGUCGACGACCGGAGGGACGAGCUGGCGUUUGUGCUGCGGUGA